UCCGGCAGUCCGUUGCACAUUUACUCACUCUGAACUUCCGACCCUCCACUUUGAUCCCCUGCGCUCUCUUAUUGCCGCCACGACUGCACAGCAUUUACCACGCACCGCAUCAGAACCAUGGAUAGCUCAGGAGUGCUGCUCCGACUGCUGUGUAUCUGUCUGAUGUCCGUUAUGUGCCGAGGACAGGCGGCACAUGAAGUUUCCGCAGAGGACUUUGGCGCGCAGAACUCUGCCGCGGCCGCAGAGAAAGAACUUGUGGAUGCGAUGGAGGCUCUUCUAGUGAAGAUGCAGAGCCAUCUGCCUUCUAAUGAGAAGAGAGGGAUGAUCCCUCCUUGUGGUAUGGGCGACCGGUGUGCCUUGAGGCAUGGACCCCGCAUUGGGAAGCUCUGUGACUGUGGCAGAGUCAGCAGCUGCAACUCCUUCCUCCUCAAAUGUCUCUAAGCUCCCUCAAAGAGAAACACUUCACUAGAACCACCACAUCCAACGCUGCAGCCAAGGAGAGGAAUAUCAUCAUCAACUUGUAUCAUCACCUGUAUCCCAAAUGAUACCCUAUUCCCACUACUUUAGACCAUGUCCCCAAGGGCUUGGGUCAAUAUUAUUGCAAUAUUUAGGGAAUAUGGGGAGUUUGCGACAAACCACUGUGUCCACAAACGCAAGGGAUAUGCAGCAUCCACAAGCUGUAGGCCAACAUUAUGGCACUUGAGUUUUGUCUUGUUUUGUUCUUGUGCUUUGAUAAAGUCCUUUCCAUUGAAAGAGGAGCAUGGAGGUGUUUUGUAACCCAGAAAGCAUUUACAGCAUGUGCACUCUGUCAAACAAAUAAACAUGUUGGUCAUCUCA